AUGGUUAACGUUGCUUAUGAAUGGCUAAGAGACUGCUGGCCUCCUAAACCUGAAUUCUUACCAAAAGAUUAUCCAGAUUUAACAGGAAAGACAAUCUUAAUCACUGGUGCCAAUACGGGUAUUGGGUUUGAAAGUGCUAAAGCCUUGUUGAAGAAAAACGCAACAGUUGUAUUUGCAAAUAGAAGCGAAGAGAAGACAAAAAUCGCUAUUGCCAAAAUUCAAGCUGAAUUAGGUGGUGAUUCAUCUCAAAGAUCAAUUUUCGUCAAGACUGAUUUAAGUGAUUUAUCAUCGAUCAAGGGCACAGCGGAAGAAUUGAAAUCAAAAGGUAUCACAAAAUUACAUUACACCAUAUUGAAUGCUGGUGUUAUGCAACCUCCAAAAGGUUCCAAGACAAAACAAGGAUUUGAAUUACAAAUUGGUACAAAUGUUUUAGGUCAUCAAUUAUUACAAAAAUUUCUAACACCAUUAGUUUUGAAUGCAGUUUCAUCAGAUUUCACACCAAGAGUUGUUUGGUUAGCCUCAGCUGCACAUCUUUCAUCCCCACCAAAUGGUGGUAUUGAUUGGGAUUCCUUCCGUAAUGCUGAUUGGGCUGGAACUGUCAGUGCUUAUGGUCAAUCCAAGACUGGUAAUAUUUAUCAAGCUUAUAUCUAUGCUCAGCAACAUAAAGAUGUCAUCAGUGUCUCUGCUCAUCCAGGGUAUUUGGCUUCUGAUUUAACAAGAGCUUAUAAAGGUUAUCUUCAAUAUUUGAUGAAACUCUUGAUGUCUCCUCCAGUUUAUGGUUCUUAUACUGAAUUAUUCGCUGCUCUCAGUCCAAAAGUUACAUUGAAGGAAAGUGGUAGAUAUAUUGGUCCUUGGGGUCAAUUCAGAGAAUUGAGAGAUGAUGUUCAAGAAGGCUUAACUGAUGGAACUGCUCAAAAAUUAUGGGAUUGGGCUGAAGCUGAAAUUAGACCAUACACUUAG